UUGGCUGUCCUUAUGCAGCAGGAAAACGACACCAUGGUGACCAAAUUUGUCCUUUUGGGCCUUUCCUGCUCUCCAGAACUGCAGCCUGUCUUCUUCCUCCUCUUCUUCCUCCUGUACCUCAUCACCAUCCUAGGCAAUUUCCUUAUCAUGGCCACCACAGCUUCUGAACCUCGGCUUCAAACCCCUAUGUACUUGUUUCUGAGGAACCUCUCCUUCCUGGACUUCUGCUACAUCUCAGUCACAGCACCCAAGAUGCUGGCAGGCUUCCUUCUCCCACCUCAGACCAUCUCCUAUGGGGGUUGUGUGGCCCAGAUCUUCUUUUUCCACUUCUCUGGGGGCACAGAGAUCUUCCUGCUCACUGUCAUGGCCUAUGACCGGUAUGUGGCCAUCUUCCACCCACUGCGCUACGUGACCGUCAUGAGCCGUGGCGUGUGCGUCGGACUGGUGACAGCCUCCUGGGUUGGGGGCUUCAUCCACUCCAUUGUCCAGGUGGCCGUCAUCCUCCAGCUCCCCUUCUGUGGCCCCAACAAGCUGGACAACUUCUACUGUGAUGUACCCCAGGUGGUCAAGCUGGCCUGUACCAACACCUUCACGGCUGAGCUGCUGAUGGUGUCGAACAGUGGCCUGGUGACUCUUCUGUGCUUCGUGGUGCUGCUCAUCUCCUACUCUGUCCUGCUCGCCAAGCUGAGGACGCGUUCCAGUGAAGGACGGAGCAAGGCCUUGUCCACUUGUGCUUCUCACAUUACCGUGGUGACCCUGAUCUUUGGGCCCUGCAUCUACAUCUAUGCCCGCCCCUUCUGCACCUUCCCCAUGGACAAGGCUGUCUCUGUUAUCUACACCAUUAUCACUCCCAUGUUGAACCCAGUCAUUUACACAUUGAGGAACAAGGAUAUGAAAUCAGCCAUGGGGAAACUCUAAACUCAAAUAUGGCAUUGUUAGCAGAAAUAGGGGCUUGACAGUGACCUGGGAGAUGUUCUCACGGGGCUCUAAAGUAUUGAUAUUUUUACUUAUUCUAUUAAGGCAGUAUCAUCUGGGAGCUUACUCAUGGACCAAUGCUCCUUUCUGGUGGGCACAAGCAUAUUGCAAUCAUGUUCUUUAAAUGAAGUUAAUUGGGACCUAAUUAAGCAUUGCAUUAUUGGACAACUUUAUACCCCAACCAGAAAAUGCAGGAUCUUUGCACAGAAGAAGUCCUCCAAAUAAUAAUAGAACUAGAAGAAGACGAGACCUGCAAUGGAAAACUAUAAAUACUCAAAUAUUUUCAGCCAAAUCCCUCAGAAACUGACUCCCCCCAU